CAACCUGUGUUAUGGGAUAGAGAUAUCGAAUUUUCCUGCUCUUUCAACAUCUGAUCUUCCAAAUAUUUCCAGAUGUUUUCUCAUGACGAGCUGCGGUGGACAGAUCUGCUGUGCCUGUAAUAAACGACGGAUCCGUGUUUAUCUCCUGGUUUGAAUGAGACUCGGUGUGCCCCGAGAGGCGCGCUCAUUGGAGGAAAUUGGACGAGCAACGUAAGCGCUCGUCUUGAAUGGGAAAAUAGCAGAGGAGGGGAAAAACAGGCUGAGCAGCAACACACACAUACAGUGUGACAGCAGCGGCCACUGACAGACGCACACGGACCGAUGCAGCCUGAAGAAGGACCCCAGUAUCAUCAUUUUGGAGUAAACACGUUUCCGCCAGCAGGAGCUUAAUCACAGGAUCCGCGUCACUCCGAGCGCAUUCCUCAGCUGCGUUUUUGCGCAUCUCCAAUCGCCAGUUUAAUAGAGAUUUUUUGUUGUUGUUGUUGUUUCUGCUCCAAGAGAAAGCGUCCACAGUCAUGACCGAGCCACGACUGGCGAAGCGUUUCAUCUGAAAUUCUUGUAUUUAAAAAAAAUAACUAAAAAAUUAGAAAACCGAGAGAGAAAAAUGGACCAGCAGCUCCCCAAACCAGAAUGCAGAAACAUGGAUUCGUGUCUGAGACGGCUGAAGCAAGAACUGCUUUCUAUGAAAGAAGCUGGAGAUGGCCUCCAUGCUCAGAUGAAUUCAAUGAUGGGAGCCCUCCAGGAACUCAAGCUCCUUCAGGUCCAGACCGCGCUAGAAAGCCUCGACAUAUCGGGGCGGCCCAUUAACCGAGGAAUUCCACAUCCAUCUCCAGCGGCUCCUCCAGAACCACCAGCGACAGCAGCUUCAGGAAACGAUUACAGACCCUGCUUUAGGCAAACCAUGUCUGAAGAACCCAGCCCGAGUCCAAUGCCAAGCCCGAGGCCGUCUUUGGACAGCAGACACACCUUUAGUCUAGAUGAUCAUAGCCCAUCCCGAAACAGAAGCAGCCUAGGAACCUCGUCUUCAUCUUCUUCUUCCUCGGCAUCCAGCCUGGAAAGUGAGAGUGACAGUGAAAGAACUGAAAGAAGUGCAAGAAGUGAGAAUGACCUUGAGUCUAUACCCAAGAGGUGGUCAGGAUACACCGCCCCUCAGGUGGAUUUCUACGGACCAGCGGUGGGGAACCCUCCACCAGAGCCCUACCCUCACCCACAGGCUCCCCGUCGUGCACAGGCGCUGGACCUGCCUGGGAUCCUGUACAGUCUGUCCAGGGAGGGUCCUUCCCUGGAUAGCGACUACUCCCAGGACAGCACAGACGACGCUAGCGACUGGACAUCUUCACUCAUGAGCCGCAGCCGCAACCGUCAGCCUUUAGUGCUGGGCGACAAUGUGUUUGCGGACCUCGUAGGCAACUGGCUGGACCUGCCUGAGGUGGAGAGGGAGGAAGGAGAAGAAGAGGAAAGGAGGAAAAGGAGAGAGGAGAGAACAGUGGACGGUGGGGUGGAUAGACCGGACACCCCGGCUCACCCUCUCCGCCUCAGCCGCUCGCAGGAGAUCUGCAAGAAGUUCUCGCUCACCACAAACAUCUUCAAGAAGUUCCUGCGCAGCGUCCGGCCCGACAGGGACAAGCUGCUCAAGGAGAGGCCCGGCUGGAUGGCUCCCGAGCUGCCAGAGGGAGACCUCUUCAAAAGGCCAAAGAAACUGGCUCCCAAAAGUUCAAAAGGCAGCUUUUAUCUUCCAUUCUGGGCUGGUGGACAGCAGGGCAAAGGCAGGCCAUGUCUGCAUCUAGCUGAGGCAGAGAGAAACCACCACCUCCAACACCCUCAGCACCACCAACAUUUCCCUCAGUUCCACCAGCAGCCAUUUGCAGGGAUUUAUUUAGACAGAAGGCAGCCCGAGACUGGUCUGGAAAAAAUGCAGCCCUUGUUUGACUACAACACAGCUGUUUGGGUCUGACAGUGAGUCUCGGGCCAACAGACUGCCAGUGAUGCCAGACUGAGUAUGUGACAGGUGCAGGGGGAUUUUGGCUGUGAUUGUGGGGAGGGAAUGAAUGAAUGAAUGAGAGCCUUGGCUACAGUUAUCUUCCAAAAAUGAACUGAUAAACUUCACACUCACAACAUGUUUCUUCUGCGACAGAGAGAUUAUCAGGGCAACAAUUUGACUGACAAUCUGAAACCCUAAACCUCGUUUGCUGUGAGUGUACGAGUGCGUGCUGAAGAGUGUCUGAGACAGAGUUUGACUUUUUCAGGAUUUAUGCUGCAAGUUUUGUAUUAUUCAAGUUUCUUCACACGUGUGCAUGUAUGACUGGAUUCUCUGGUUCUCUUAAAAGACGGUACUUUGAAAUGGAGAUCUUUCUCAGAAUGUCACCAUCAAUGCAGAUCUUUAGAAAAAUCAUCCACAGACUUUUUCCACUUCUAUGCUACAGGGCAUACUCUCAUAUAUCUCACAUCUUUGCAUCUAUGAAUAGUAACACCAACUGUUGAAUUGCAUGGUUACAGUUUUUAUAAGUGAUGCUACAAACAGCUGUUACCGAACGCACUGCCACUGAACAGACCCAAGCUCCCUUUUUGUUUCCGAAAAACUUUGGAAACUCAGGUUUAACUAGAUACAUCUCAUUCACCUUUCUCAGGGAGUGAAUGCCACACAGGAGAAUAACCAUGAGACACUGCCACAUUGAAAUGGGUUCCAAAUAAAGUUAGAGAGAAGUCCUGCCUGAUCUUAUCUUGUUUAGAAAGACAUAACAGCAAUACGGUGCAUGACUAGUUAAAGGAUUGCACGUUAAAUUUUGUCCCUUGUAAUGAGCCGUGUUGUGCUCGCCGUUAUGUUAGAAACACUCUCUUUUCUUCUCUGCCAUGUCAACACGGCAAAUGUUGAGUCAACUGAAAGUCCUCUCGGGCUGUUACACAGAGAGAGGAGGGGGAUAAAAGAUGGCACAGCCAACCAUGAGCACUGACUAACUGACAGCCAUCUGGUACCCGGACGUUAUGUAAAGCAUGUCUGCCACAAGCUCGAAGAAGACGCAAAACGGGCGCGUUUAAUCCCAAAGCUUUGUGGAUGAACUGAACGAUGACGAUGGUGUUACAUACUGUAUAUACAACGGUAAAUACAUUACAGGACUGUAACAGUGAUGGAGCAAGUGAGAGGGGAGGUAAAGACCCAUAAUUUGUGUUUGCCAGGGUGAAGUAAAUGUACAGAACAUUGUACAUAAAUGUCAUCAACCAAACAGCAGCAAUAAGGAACAUUUAUUGUAAUAUCCCAUCGCAUGGUUUUUAUUAGUCUGCACAGAUAAAUAUGUCACAGCAACAGCUCUCAACAUAACAUGUAAGCAAUGCCACAACACUUAAAACACAAACAGAUAAGUUCAUCUUUGACUGACAGUAUUUAUUCUCUUGUAUCGUAUCUCUCAGUGUGUUUCCAUUCCAAGCAUAACAGUUCAAAUCAAAGAACAACUUCCUUCACAAAUUCCCUCAGGAUUAAAGAUGACACUGCCCACUCUGACUCAAACUCACGUUUGUUUUUGUUUUGUUUUUGUUUUUUUAUAGAGGACCACUGUUAUGCAAGGACAAUCUGACACUCUAACUUAUUAUGAAAAAACAACAGUUGAUUUUACUCAGUUUUAAACGUGAUACCAGACCAAUCAACUCAGCCAGCAGGGAUUAUAGGCCUCAGAGGUCUUCUGAGUGUCUUGGCCGGUCAAUCCAUAUGGUGCUGUCUCAGUAUUCAGGUCAAUACAUACUGCACAUUCAGAGGGUCCAACUAACACACACAGAUGGUUUCUGCUGAGACAGCGUUGCCACACGGCGCAGUCUGAGAUGUCAUAUCACACAAUAUGUGUAUGUAAAUGUAACAUUUAUUUCUUCCUAUUAAAGCUGUCUAGGUGUAAUUUUCAGCACUGUUGUUGAUAUUUUUCAUCAGGGUUCUGCGAACCUUCAGUAGUGAUUCUGUGUCAUGUGCACUGUAAGACUGUCACUGACUCUUUGUAAAUUAAAUCUGUUUUCAGAAAGAAAUGUCA